AUGCAAGCCAUGAGUACGCUCCGUGUGAAUAAGUGCUGGCGUUAUUGGCCCUCGGCAGCAGAAAAAGUCCUUGUGUUGCCCAACUACGGGGGCACCCUCCGAGUGAGACACGACACUGAAUUCAACACCGACACAUAUACCCUGCGCCAACUCUUCCUUACUCGAGACUCAUCAUCUCUCCGUAAGUCCAAGUCCUCACCGUCGCCGCAACCAUCGUCGGGGACAGACACUGUCGCCUGCAACAGCUCAGAUUCUUCCGCCUCAGCAUCGACCACGGCGGAGGGGUUCGCUGUCUAUCAUUACCAAUUCCACGCCUGGCCUGAUCACGGCACUCCCAGCGAUCCCUCUUGUGUUCUCAACUUCAUGUGUGAGAUCUCCAACAGACAGGUGAACCUUCGAUAUCCCAUUUCGCAACCCUUUAUUCUACUUUCUGCUCCCUCUCGUUACCUCUCCAGCUACAUUUUAGAACAUUUGUGUUCGUCAGCUCUCGCUGAAACUCUACCCGAUUCCGGACCGAUUGUUGUGCACUGCAGCGCCGGCAUAGGCAGAACGGGCACCUUCAUUGUGAUCGACAUGCUCAUCAACUACAUCAAACGCGUAGGCCUGCAGUGCGACAUUGAUAUCUCCCGCACCGUCCAGGCUGUGCGCGAACAGCGCUCAGGAAUGGUGCAGACUGAGACUCAGUACCGCUUCAUCUAUAAGGCCGUACAGAGCUACGUGUCCACCUUGUCACAGCUGUUGCAGUUGCGGAAUAGGAAACGUAACGUCUACCACGACCUACAUCCACUAUACACCCUCCAAGGCAUAAUCGGCCUGUGGGAACGAGCCAUCGUCGGAGUGACGCCUGCCACACGCAUUUGCGGCACUAAUUAA